UUCGGCAUGGCUUCCAUCACAUUCUGGUUAAAGAGGAAGAUCGGCUAAAAACGGCCUUCGUAUUGUUUGAAGGCAUGUGGCAGUGGGUUCAGUCUCCGAUGAGAAUUUGUAACACGCCUGCCAUGUUUCAGCGAGCGAUGAACGUGACAUUCCAAAACUUCGACAGCAAGAUACGGCUGACUCAGGGAAUGAUCAACUUCUGCGUGAUCGUAUACAUCGACGACAUUCUUGUCUACUCGGAAACCUAUCACGGACAUGCACAACACAUCGAGUGGACGUUGGGAGCGCUAAGAGACGCUGGGUUCAUGAUCGCGCUCGAGAAGAGCGAAUUCUUCCUUUCAGAAAUUUUGUUCCCGGGUUACGUUGUGACACGUGGAGGAUUGCGGCCUGACUCAAGAAAGGUCGCGGCGGUAAGAGAAACUCUUGUUCCCAGGUCAUUGACGCAGGUUCGAGCCUUCUUGGGGUUGGCAUCGUACUAUCCCUGUUUCAUCAAAGGCUUCGCCGCGAUUGCACGACCACUAACGAACCUGUUACGAAAGGACCAGCCUCUCAGUUGGGACACGGAGUGCGGGCAGGCUUUCGCGACCCUCAAAGACGCUCUGGCGACGACACCUAUUUUGAUUCGACCGGACCCCUCGAAACAGUUCAUUCUCAUCACGGACUGGCAACCGGAGGCUAUUUCCGCUAUUUUGGCGCAGAAGGGGAACGAUGGUCGCGAACACGUCUUCGAGUACACGUCACGAAUGGUGUCGGACGAACGAAGGAAUGAUUCAGCACCUCAAGGCGAAUGCUAUGCAGUAGUUUGGGGAAUCCAGCACUUCCAUCCGUAUCUUUACGGACAGAAGUUCCACCUCGUGACGGAUCAUGAGCCUCUGCUGGCCUUGAAGAAGCUCAUGAUUGGACGUUGGGCGGUACGACUACAGGAGUACGGCUUCAACAUCAUCCAGCGGAAGACAGAGAGACACGGCAACGCAGACGGACUGAUACGUCUACAUCGGCCCGCUAAAGUACCUAAGGGCGAGGAAAUCACUCCGUGGAAGGAGUCAGAACCGGCGAAUGGGCCUAAGUACGGACAAGUGGCAGUUCUCCAACGUGGCAAGAAGCAGACCGGUGACAAUGGGUGAUGGAGGUAAUCUCAUAACCCGUCUUUCUCCCCUCUCCUCUUCAUCUCUUCUCUUCCUGCCUGAUAAAUUUUGCUAUUUUUG